AGGCAAGCUACCGCUCAUCGAAUCCACGUUCCUUCGACUCAACAAUGGCCCCCAAGCUCGACCCCAACGAAAUCAAAAUCAUCUACCUGCGGGCCACAGGUGGUGAAGUCGGUGCUUCAUCUGCUCUCGCACCCAAAAUCGGUCCUCUUGGUCUCUCGCCCAAGAAGGUCGGUGAAGAUAUCGCCAAGGCUACCGGUGCAUGGAAGGGUCUCCGUGUGACUGUCCAGCUUACGAUUCAAAAUCGUCAAGCAGCAGUCUCUGUUGUCCCCUCCGCCUCCUCUCUGGUCAUCCGUGCUCUUAAGGAGCCUCCUCGUGAUCGCAAGAAGGAGAAGAACAUCAAGCACAGCGGCAACAUUCCUUUCGAUGAGAUCGUUGACAUUGCCCGCACGAUGAAGUCAAAAUCGCUAGCGAAGGAGCUCUCGGGUACCGUGAAGGAGAUUCUCGGCACUGCCCAGAGUGUUGGCUGCACAAUCGACGGCCGGCCAGCUCAUGACGUGAUCGACGCGAUCAACUCGGGGGAGCAGGAGGUGCCAGACGAGUAGACGGCCACUCAUGUAUUUUUUGCCCUGCAUUAUCACCAUUUUAUCUGGCACAUCCUCACUGUUGCUCUUGUAAAAGAAUACCGCAACUCCACGGCGGACGACUGCCACAGC